AUGUCCGUCUGCUCCAGCAACCUGAGCUAUGGCAGCAACGUCUGCAUGCCCGGCUCCUGUGACCCCUGCCCCGACUCCUGGCAGGUGGACGACUGCCCAGAGAGCUGCUGCGAGCCCCCCUGCUGUGCUCCAGCCCCCUCUGUGACCCUCGUCUGCACCCCAGGGAGCUGCCAGUCAGUGUGCACCAGCUCCUGCACGCCCCUGUGCUGCCAGCAGUCUAGCUGCCAGCCGUCCUGCUGCUCCUCCAACCCCUGCCAGCAGCCCAGCCGUGUGACCCUCUGCUGUGAGCCCGUGAGCUGUGUGCCCGUCUCCUGUGUGCCCGUCUGCUCUGGGGACUCCUCCCCCUGCUGCCAGCAGUCUAGCUGCCAGCAGCCCAGCCGUGUGACCCUCUGCUGCAGGCCCGUGAGCUGUGUGCCUGUCUCCUGUGUGCCCGUCUGCUCUGGGACCUCCUCCCCCUGCUGCCAGCCCUCGUGCUGCCAGCCCAGCCCCUGCCCCUCGUCCUGCUGCAGACCCUCCUCCUGCGUGUCCCUGCUCUGCCGCCCCGUGUGCAGGCCCGCCUGCUGCGUGCCCGCCCCCUCCUGCCAGCCCAGCUGCUGCCGCCCGGCCUCCUGCGUGUCCCUGCUCUGCCGCCCGGCCUGCUCCCGCCCCGCCUGCUGCGGCCUCUCCUCGGGACAGUCCUGCUGCUGA